AUGGAGAGAUACGAGAAGAUCGCCAGAAUAGGCGAGGGAGCCUAUGGUGUCGUUUUCAAAUGUCGUAAUCGUCUGACUGGCGAGGUGGUGGCCAUCAAGAAAUUCACAGAAUCCGAGGAAGAUCCAGUCAUUCAUCGCGUCGCCAUGCGCGAAAUUCGUACGCUUAAGCAACUGAAACACCCGAAUUUGAUAAACCUAAUCGAGGUUUUUAAGCGGAAAAAACGACUUCAUCUGGUCUUUCAAUACGUUGAUCACACUCUGCUAAACGAACUGGAGCAUAAUCCAAAAGGACUUAAGCGAAGUCACGUGGUCGAAUUUACCUGGCAAUUGCUCCAGGCCGUGAGCUUUUGCCAUUUGCAUAACUGUAUUCAUCGUGAUGUGAAGCCUGAAAAUAUCCUCAUUACCAAGGCCAGACAGCUCAAACUGUGCGAUUUUGGAUUCGCACGGAUACUCACUGGUCCAGGCGACAAGUACACCGACUACGUCUCCACCCGCUGGUACCGAGCUCCUGAACUGCUCGUCGGCGACACCCAGUACGGUCCACCGGUGGACGUAUGGGCCAUUGGAUGCGUCGUGGCGGAGAUGCUCACCGGGUCGCCGCUGUGGCCAGGUCGAUCCGACUUGGACCAGCUCUACCAGAUUAUCAACACUCUCGGUGAUCUGCUUCCUCGACAUCGGCAAAUCUUUGAAACCAACGCCUUUUUCAAGGGCCACCAACUCCCUGAACCCAAGAUCAUGGCAUGCUUUCAAAUGGAUCCUGGCGAGAGGAUGACAGCGGAUGAGUUGCUUAAGCACAAAUUCCUUGAAGGUGGCGGUGGUUUUCAAACCGCUCCCUCGCCCUCUCACAACGUCCUCAGUCACCCCCUCACUUGUAUGCAAGUAACUCCCUCCGGGGACACCGUGUUCAACGCCCAACUGCCCAAUCCCGCCAACUCUAGGAACACCAUCGUCGAGAACAAGCCGAAGAUGCUCCAAGUUGGCGCCGCGAGCAAUCACAACCCGCGCAAGAAGUUUAUCCGAGGCAAUGCCUACCCUCCCUUGAUGGAGUUUCCCCGCAUCGAGCCCAGUGGAGACUCGAACCUUGGCGUGACCGCCGAUGGGCUGUUGUACGAAUGCGUCACCUGGCUGGAAGAACGUCAACACCCAGGCUUCAGUCGCAAUGAAACCGAAAGUGAGUCAUUUCUCGAUGGUGGUGGUGGUGGUGGUGGUGGUGGUGGUGGUGGUGGUGGUGGUGGUGGUGGU